AUGACCAACAUCGAUAUGAACUCGACUUCCGCUACUCAAUGGUCCACGGUCAACACGGACGGGACAAACACCUGGAAUUCUAGAGAUGUAUACCUUGAAAAUUGGGUAGUUACCGCGGGCGACGACUGCAUUUCCGUCAAAGGCAACUCGACCAAUAUCUACGCUAACAACAUGACUUGUUACGAGUCGGGCUGCAUGGUCGUCGGCAGUAUGGGCAACCCGCCAUCGACCCCGGAAUACGUCGAGAACGUAGUCUUCGAGAACGUCUACUGCUACCACUCGUCUAAUGCCGCCUGGAUCAAGACGUACCCUGGCCAGGGGUAUGUUCGAAACGUGACAUUCAGGAACGUCGCGUUUGACGAUGUGAACCAGCCCAUUUACGUCUCUCCAUGCAUCUACACGGGUCAGAACUGCGAUAGCAGCCGUAUCCCCAUCACCGAUGUAACCUGGCAAAACAUUACCGGCACCGCACGCUAUAACAUUGGCGCGGGCAUGUAUUGCAGUAGGUCGUCGCCCUGCGACGGCUUUCACUUUGUGGACAUCGAUAUCCGGCCCUUGAGCGGCAGCGGAGACUUGAAAUAUCUGUGCGCCAAUAUUCAAAACCAAGCCACGAUGGGAUUGCAAUGUACCGGAAGUUUGGCGGCAAAUUGGCCGCAGCAGUUGGAUGGGCCUCGAUGA